UUUGCAAAAGCUUGGGAAAAUGGAAAAACAGAAAAUUCACUUGGUGGAGCAGAAGUUCAUACUCAGUGUUUUGACUGAGAUUUGUGUACACAUAUUUACUGUGGAACUAGAAGGACGUUGUUCAUCAGGAGUUUAAAUAUGGGAAAUGUGUGGGUGUAGAGGACUACAACCAGGCUGCUGAGUGAACCUUUAUGCCCAGAAAACAGCACCCAGUAUGGACAUCAUGGAAGACUUCCCUCUCCCACCUCCUGAAAUGUUGGUGGACGAUGUGCCCUAUGCAGAUGAAGAAGAGGGGGAGCAGUUUGAAUUUGAUGACAGUGGGGAUGAGGUCCCUGAGGCAGACCGGCUGCCCCCCGCCCCUCUGGCCCCUGACUACGGGGCCCAGGCCAAUGGUGUGGCCCCCCACCCAGAGCCAGAAGGAGCAGACCCUGAACACCACCUAGAGGGGCAGCCCUCAAACCCAGACCCCCCAGCAGCGACAGCGACUGUGGACCCAACUACUGCUACAGUUGCCGCAUCACUUCCAGUUCCAGCUACCAUGGCCACAACAGACACAGCAGUUGUGGCUGCAGCAGAAGGGGAAAAGGCUUCAGCAGUCCCAGUCCCAGCUGACAAAGACAGUGACCUACCCCUUCCUCCACCUUCAGAGGACUCCUCUCCUGUAGGAACAGACUCUGUUGAUAAGGAAGUGUCCAGCGAUGACCCUCCCCCAGCCAACCCUAGGACCACCUCCCAGAAGAAAGUCAACCCCUACUCUGUGAUUGACAUCACCCCCGUCCAACUACAACAGCUGGAGCAGCAGCAUGGGCUUGCCCCUUCCUCACCUGUUGAGAGGGUGGGAGGAGAGGAGGGGGAUGGACAGGAUGUGUCACCCACCAGCCCCCCCUGUGUCCCCCCGGGUUACUCUGUGCCUGUGCCCUGUGGAUACGCCACCCCCUCUGGCGUGCCCCUUAUCACGCCAGCCUACACCACGCCCAUCAUCAUCCGACACUUCUCUCUGGACGAGGAUGUUACUGUGGUGGCGACAUGCAACACUUCUGUAGACAGUGUCUUUAGUGAAGAGUAUCCUGCCAUCAGGGAGGAGGAUGCUUUGUCCAAAUGGGUGUCGGACCCUGCAAACACAGCCUGGAUGGAAAAUCCAGAUGAAGUAAUUUAUGAUGACGUGCCCAGAGAAAACUCUGAUUCAACUACAGAGCCAGAUGAGAUGAUCUAUGACGAUGUGGAGUUUGGGGAGGAGGGCUGUGGCAGCUCCCUAGACAACGGUUGGAGCUCCAGCGAGUUUGAGAGCUACGACGAGCAGAGUGACGGUGAGGGCCAGGGGGAGAACGGCCUGCCUGAUGCCUUCAUGAGAGGGAAGACACCGCAGAAGAAGACCACCCAUCUUUCUCAAGAUCUGACACGCUUGAAAGAACACUAUGAGAAAAAGAUGAAAGAUCUUAUGGCAAAUACAGUGGGAGCGGUAGUGCUGCAGCAGAUUAAACAGGAACACGAGCCGAAGAUGCAGAAGCUGGUGAAGGCAGCGAGAGACGGGACCAAAGACGGCCUGGAGAAGACCAAAGCAGUGGUGAAAAGGGGACGGUCGUUCAUCAAGACCAAAACCCACUGUCAUGAGAGGAAGUCGACCUGUUUUGAGGGUGAGGAGUCCGAGCUCUUCAUCGAGGUGGACUGCUUCAACAUGGAGCCAGUGCUCAGUCCCGUCCCUGAGGGUCUCUCACAACAACAGGUGGUGAGGAGGUGUAUACUGGGCUCCAUAUUAGAGAGUGAGAAGAACUAUCUGGAUGCACUGAAGCGGAUUUUAGAGCAAUAUGAAAAGCCACUUUCAGAGAUUGAGCCCAGGUUGCUAAGCGACAGGAAGCUCAAGAUGACGUUCUAUCGCAUUCGGGAGAUUCUCCAGUGCCACGCCCUGUUCCAGAUCGCCCUGGCAUGCCGCGUGGCCGAGUGGGACAGUCUGGAAAUGAUUGGGGACGUCUUUGUUGCCUCGUUCUCCAAGUCCAUGGUGCUGGACGCCUACUGUGAGUUUGUGAACAACUUCAGUACGGCCAUGGCGGUGGUCAGGAAGACGUGUGCCUCCAAACCCAGCUUCCUGGACUUCCUCAAGCAUCGUCAGGAUACCAGCAGUGACCGGGUCACUCUCUAUGGACUCAUGAUGAAGCCCAUCCAGAGGUUCCCUCAGUUCAUUUUGCUGCUGCAGGACAUGCUGAGAAACACCCCAGUAGGCCACAGUGACAGACUACACCUACAGAUGGCCCUGACAGAGCUGGAAACCCUGGCUGAGAAGCUCAACGAGAAGAAGCGGGACGCUGACCAGCGCUGCGAGAUCAGACACAUAGCCAAGGCCAUGAACGAACGCUACCUCAACAAGCUCCUGAGCAACGACAGCCGUUACCUGAUUCGCUCAGACGACAUGGUGGAGACAGUCUACAACGACCGCGGUGAGGUCAUCAAGACCAAGGAGCGACGCCUUUUUCUUCUCAACGACGUGCUCAUGUGUGCCACGCCCAACGUCCGGUGCAGUGUGGAUGGUAGUGGUAGUGGCAACGUCCCCCCGGGCCAGAAGUUCCUGCUGAAGUGGAGUGUCCCUCUGAGCUUUGUGGGUGUGGUAGAGUUUGGUUCCAGUGAGGACAUGGGCGACAACUGCCGCUUCACCCCACAACCCCACUCUGGAGAGAAGGUGGUUGUCAACGCCAAGCCAAAUAAGCUGUACAUGGGUCCAGGCCAGCUGUACCAGGACCUGCAGAACCUCAUUCACGACCUCAGCCUGGUCAACCAGAUCUCCAGCAUGAUCGGUAGCCUCAAGGGAAACUACCAGAACGUUAACCCUACGGUGGCCCAUGACUGGGUGUCGGGUCUGCAGCGUCUCAUUCUGAAGAAGGAGGAGGAGAUCCGGGCUGCAGAUCGCUGUAGGAUCCAGCUGCAGCUGCCUGGCAAACAGGACAACAGGUCUGGCAGGGCCACAUACUUUCCUGCUGUGUUCAAUACCUUCUCUCCAGCCAUCAAACAGUCCUGGAUCAGUAACCUGCAGAUGGCCAAGCUGGCUCUGGAGGAGGACAAUCUGCAGGGCUGGUUCUUUGCGGAGGAUGAUGGUAACCAGAUCAAGAAGCAGAAACAUCCUCUCCUGCUCAGGCAGAUGCCUGUGGUCAUGUCCAAACUACAGGAGUUCAAGGUGGAGUGUGCGGUCCAUAACCCCGAGCCCCACAUCAGCAUAGGGAGCACAGCAGACACACCUGCACUCGGACACGGCUGUGUGUGGGUGGCGAGCUGCACCAACCAGAUGGGUCAGAUAGCCAUCGUGGCCAUGCAGAACUCCAGCCCCAAGGUGACAGAGUGUUUCAAUGUGGAGUCUCGGAUCCUGUGCAUGGCUUAUGUACCCAUGGAGCAGAGUACCCAGGAGAAUAGGAUGGGGAACCCCGAAAAUAACCUCUCCUUAGUGGGGAAGGCCAGUGACAACCCUACUGUCUGCCUGGGCAUGGAGGAGGGCAGUAUCAUAGUCUAUAAGAGCAGCCAGCAGUCCAAGAAGGUGCGUCUCCAACACUUCUUCAUCCUCGACAAGUCCACCGUGACCAGCCUGGUGCACCAGAAGCAGUGUUUAUACGCUGGCCUUGUGAGUGGCUCAGUUGCCAUCUACUCCAGAGCACAAGAUGGCUUGUGGAAUCCAGACUCUCCUAAGGUGCUGAAGCUUGGGGUUCUGCCAGUGAAGGCCAUGCUAGCUGUGGAGGGCCACGUCUGGGCUUCCUCUGGAGGACAAGUCUUCAUCAUUAGCACUAACCUGCACACUGUGGAGAGGCAGUUGGAGGCCCACCAGGAGGAAGGCAUGGUUGUAUCCCACAUGGUGGUGGCUGGGGUGGGUAUCUGGAUAGCCUUCAGCUCUGGGUCCACCCUCAGACUGUUCCACACGGAGACCCUGGAGCCUCUACAGGACAUCAACGUCGCUACGCCUGUACACAACAUACUGGCUGGAAACCAGAGGGUCUCUGUGAGCAGUCUGCUGGUAUGUCAUGGUCUGCUGCUGGUGGGGACCAACCUGGGGGUGACAGUGGCCCUCUCUGUCCCUCGACUACAGGGCAUCCCUAAGGUCACAGGACGGGGCAUGGUAUCUUUCCAUGCACACCACGGCCCAGUGAAGUUCCUCACCAUGGCAGCCGCCGUGUGCAACCGGCCCUCAGGCAACUCAGACAGCCCAGGCAGCAGCCCACCCAGCCAGCCAGGGGACACCCAGGACGGGGAGGCCUCCCCACCUCCACCCCCAGGCUCCACACCCAGUCCUGCUGCUACUCAGGGCCGGGGAGUGUGGCUGGGGGAGGCAGGCUGCUCCUCCAUGGCCCUCCAUGACUCCCUGUCCUCCUCCUGUGGCUCCCUGGCUCUGUCACAGGGCUCUCUGGAGCACGGGCCUGAGGACGGGGCCAUCUAUGACCUGGUCAAUGACCCAGCCAAUCACCAGAGGGGCAGGAGGGUCAAGAAGGUGGACGUCAGCUCUCUGCUUGUGGUGUCGGGGGGGCUGGGUCACCGCAGGGUCAACAGGAAGAGCAAACAGUCCCGCCAGGAGGAGACUGUGUCCACCAUUAUGGUGUGGCAGAUCCCUCUUCUCAACAUGUAAGAGACUAAACUACCACAGUGCAGCAAGGGUGAAGACUGAGGGUGCUGCAGUUCCUAUUUGAAGUCAGUGACACAACUCCAAAGGAUGUCCAUUGCCAUAGUUGUCUGGACUUUGGGCUCAGUCAACUCAACCAUGUGUCUUAGAAUGAAAAAUACUUCAGAGGGCAUUCCAUAAACAGUUUGAAGAGUUUCUUAUGGGGUCUCCCACCCAAAAACCUAUAGCCUUAUGUACACGUGAGACAUUCCCAUUGGGUCAAUGCCAAGGGAUCAAUACACUAUAACCACUUUUUCAUGGAACCUGACUUUGCUUACAGCAUCCAAUACCUGAACCGUUAACACCAUGGUGGAAGAUGAGUCCAGUGAAGAGAACAUGGAUAUGUAGAAAAACCACUGAAAUGGCCUUAAUGUCAUUCUUACGAUGUCAUUUUCAUAGAGGACCGAUGAAAUGUUACUUGUCUUCAGUUGUUAUAACAUGGCUAAUAUAUUCUAUGUACUGAGACGUUGGGCCAGAUCAUCAGUGUCAAUGGCACAAUAAUACAUCGGGGCAGAUGCGGGUGCAGUAUGAAAAUGGACACGUAGACAUCAGAAAUUCCCAGUUUCCUAUGUGGACCGAAGUUGAGAGACAAGUUGACUUCAUCUCUGUGGCUUUGAACAAUGUCUACCCUGACACUUCCACUGUUAGGUAAAGGCAUAUUCUGUGGGGCCAAGGCCCUGAUAUUAUGAUCAUCUCAUUGCGCCAGUCUAUGUUCUAUGAAUUGGGUCUAGAUAUGCUUACUUGUUUGUUAUUGGGUCAGGGAGAGGUCCUUUGCAAUGGUGUCCUUAUUUCACUGGAACACUAAAGCUGAACGUUUCCUUGUAGUUGCCAUCAGGGGGCUAUGGAGGGUGAGUGUUUCUGAUAGGUAUGAUGGGACUUCCUGGCUGGCCAGGUUUCCUGUAGAUCCUAAAUGGAGGGAGAGUCGCUAACUGUUACCAGAUGAAAAUAAGUAGGGGUUGUUACUUGCCCAAAUAAAUGUGUUGUCACUAAAGGGUAUUUAAAAAAAAAAAAAAAAAAAUGUAAAUGAUAAAAAGCUUUAUACUUUUGUCACAUUUUGUAUGUACUUCUGUUGCGUAUAUUAACACAUCUAUAAACAAUGUUUUAUUCAACA